GACCAGCUCCAACAGAAGAUUAUGUGCCCUGGGCCUGUCACCUGUCUGACCACGGCACCCAACGGCCUCUACGUCCUGGCGGGAAUUGCAGAAAACAUACACCUGUGGGAGGUCUCCACCGGGAACCUCCUGGUCAUCCUGAGCCGUCACUACCAAGACGUUUCGUGCCUGCAGUUCACGGGGGACAGCAGCCACUUCCUCUCAGGGGGCAAGGACUGCCUGGUGCUGGCCUGGAGCCUGUGCAGUGUGCUGCAGGUGGACCCCUCCCGGAUCCCAGCCCCCCGCCACGUCUGGUCCCGCCACACACUGCCCAUCACAGACCUUCACUGUGGCUCUGGGGGACCCCUGGCCCGGGUGGCCACCGCCUCGCUGGACCAGACGGUGAAGCUGUGGGCCAUCUCCUCGGGCGAGCUCCUGCUCUCAGUCCUGUUUGACGUGAGCAUCAUGGCCGUGACCAUGGACUUGGCUGAGUACCACAUGUUCUGCGGUGGCAGCGAUGGCUCUGUCUUCCAGGUGGACCUCUGCACCUGGCCUGGCCAGAGGGAGAGGACUUUCCAGCCAGAGCAGGACGCCGGGAAGGUCUUCAAAGGUCACAGGAACCAGGUGACCUGCCUUUCGGUGUCCACAGACGGCAGCGUGUUGCUCUCAGGCUCCCACGACGAGACUGUGCGCCUCUGGGACGUUCACAGCAAGCAGUGCAUUCGCACGGUGACCCUCAAAGGCCCCGUGACCAACGCCUGCAUCGUGCUGGCCCCGGUCAGCAUGCUCAGCUCUGACUUCAGGCCCAGCCUGCCGCUGCCGCACUUCAACAAGCACCUGCUGGGCGCCGAGCACGGGGACGAGCCACGCCACGGGGGCCUCGUAGUGCGCCUGGGCCUCCACCAGCAGGGCACGGAGCCCAGCUUCCUGGACCGGAUGGGACAGCUCUAUGCAGCCAUGUGCAACACCAUGGAGAAGAGCGUUCUGGGCGGCCAGGACCAGCUGCGGAUCCGCGUGACCGAGCUGGAGGAUGAGGUGCAGAACCUGCGCAAGAUCAACCGCGACCUCUUCGACUUCUCCACGCGCAUCAUCACCCGUCGGGCCAAGUGAGGAGGGGCGGCCCCAGGACUGAGACCUCCACCCCGCCAGAAGGUGACCCCGGGCUCCUGGGAGUUUCCUGGGCCCAGGCUGCCAACCCGGCCUCAGCGCCAA